CAGAAUGCAUUGCGGGGCAGAGAGCGCGGUGCGUUGUCGCAGUGGCGGUUAGUUUGGGAACGGGAAACCUGGAGACGGGAGAGAGGAGAUUGAGGAAUCGUCAUGGCAGCAGUACUAAAUGAGAGCCACAGACGAUUCUUGCAGACUAUGAUGUCUCAGGGAAUUCUGGAAGGUUCCAUGGCGAGAAAAUUGCACAAGCACUGCUGUGAAACAUAUAAAGUGCAUUACAGGCAUGACCAGUUGGAUGAAUUUAUCAAAAAUAUCAACACCCAUCUACAACCUCUCUUCAUGGAGAUCAGGAAGGGGAUGAGUGAGGUUGAUGGACAGCAGCAUUAUGCUCUGAUUAACCUUGCGGAGACUGAGAUCACCAGGAUGGCAUUCGAUUACACAGAAACUGAAUUGGAACUGUUCAAGAAAACUAUGGACCUAGUUCUGGAGUCAGAAAGUGGGAUGGUCUCUUCUACAGACAUCCUGAACCUGGCUGAUCAACUGCAACCCAAGAAAAUGAAGAAGAAAGAAGUAGAACAAGUGCUGCAGCGGUUUGUACAGGACAGGUGGCUUUGUGAGAAUGAUGGUGAGUACAUUCUGAGCACUCGCUGCAUUAUGGAGCUGGAACAAUACAUUCGCAACAUGUACCAGGACCUAGUGAAGGAGUGCAACAUCUGCCACAACAUUACUAUUCAGGGCCAAAUGUGUGAGGUCUGUGGAGCCAAAAUUCAUUUCCCCUGUGCUGCAAAAUACUUCCGAGGCCGGGGUGACCCUUGCUGUCCAAACUGUAGGCAGUUCUGGCCUCAUGAGAUCCCAGAUGUCAGUAGGACUGAGCAAUCAAUGCCCCCUCCAUCCUCCACACCAAAGACGCGACGCCGAUAUCGGGAAUGAGUUGCUAAGAGAAGUAAAGCAGCAAAGGACAAUGUCAAAUCUGCAGAAAAAUGGAAGGACAUUUGGGGGAUGGGUGGGGAAGAAGAGGAUUGAACCUGUGCUGUGAAAUAGAAUUUGUUCUCAGCAAGCUUGUCUUCUGAUAUUCUAUAACCUUUACUGCAUUGUAUUACACAUUUACGUGUAGUCCCCACUAUGCAGUGGCUCUACUUGUUGUUGUGCAGCCACUUACUAGACCCUCAGGGCCACCUGGCCAGUUGGCCCAUUGCCUGGAGUUCGCUCUGAACCUUGUCUCGAGAGAUUACAGAGCUCGGAAUGUGCAACAAUCUCUAUUGGGGUCCAUCUUGGAGACAGAGGUUCAGUGGUAGAAAUCUUGUUUCCAUCAACAGGUGUUAUGCAAUGUAAAAUAGGAAUGAUUAGUUGUUACUAAAUAAAAUGUAACCUUUAA